AUGGCACCCAAAAGGAGGCGCGGGCCGAGCACAGGGCGCCGGCCAGGCGCGGCGAAAGAGGGCGCCGAGGCGCCACUGUCGGAGCGCGCGCAGUAUCUGCAGCGCGAGUACAAGCUGCUCUCGGAGCAGCUGGACGCCUGCGAGCAGCGCGUGGACCAGGUGCUGCGGGAGAACGCCUUCCUGGACCGCGAGGCGCAGCGCCUGCGCGAGGAGAACCGGCUCUACGCCAGCUACGUGAGCGCGCGCGCGCAGCGCUGCGCCAAAGCCAUCGUCCGGCUGGACGAGCAGAAUCGCGUGGACCUGACGCAGGUCCACUGGGAGCGGGGCGAGCUGGCGUCGCACUACCACGGGCGCGAGGACGGGGUGCGCGCGCAGCUGCUGGAGAUGGAGGCGCGCGCGGCGCAGAUGGCGCGGCAGGUGCAGGAGCUGCAGCCCUACAAGGAGCUGCAGCUGGAGCAGCUGGCCCGGAUCCGGGCGCUGGAGCGCGAACUGCUGCACAUGCGCGUGGAGCACACGCAGCUGCUCCACCGCGUGAAGCGGCGCUUCACCGAGGACAAGGCGGCCUUCGAGCGCGAGGCUCGCCAGCGCGUGCAGUCCCUGGCGCGGCGCGCGGAGCGGGAGGCGGCGCGCGCGCUCCUCGCGCACACGCAGGCCAUCAAGGCGGACAACGCGCGCCUGCGACAGGAGCUGCUGCGGCUGCUCCAGCGGGCCCAGCUGCUGCAUGACACGCGGCGCCAGCUGCUGGAGCAGCGUGAGAAGCUGCGGCGCGAGCACGAGGACACGCGGGACCUGGCGCGGGUGCAUGGCUGGCUGCGCCGGGGCCCCGGGGGCCCGCCGCUGUGGCAACCUUUGCCCGUCGCCUCGCGCCCCGCGUCCUUCGCCUCCCCGACAGGCCCGUCGCGCGCAGCCUCCCGGUCCCCGUCAAACGCAGCCUCCCGGGUCCCGUCGCUGCUCUCGUCGCGCAUGGCUUCCGGGGUCCCGUCGUUGAUCUCGUCGCGUGUGGGCUCCAGGGUCCCGUCGCUGCCCCUUUCGAAGGCGAGCUCCCGGGUCCCGUCCUUAACUCUGUCCCGCCUGGCUUCCCGGGUCUCUUCGCGGUCCUCGUUGCGUGCGGCUUCACAGAACAUCCUCCUCUCUGCGAAGCCUGUGCUUGGAGUGGGCUCUUCCUAUCCCCGCGUCGAAGGACACCAUGAACACUGA